AUGUCAUUUUUCAAAAACGCUUUUAACACCUCCCCCAAGUCAAAGGGGGAAAAACCAGCCGAACGCAAGGUUCGGUUUCAACUUCCCGGAGAACCUGUACCCCAAUCAACCAAGCAGGUUUUCCAAAACCUCAAAUCAACUUUGGCGAAGGGAUUCAAACCUUCGCAAGCACCUGGGAAAUCACCCUCAGGUGCACCACUGCUGGAAACACCAGUUAAAAAGCUUACCAAGAAAGAGGCCGAAAGGUUUCUUCUUGUAGAGGGAAUACACAAAAGUAUUGCCGACUGCCUCAGGAGAACCUGGAAGUACGACGAAACUUUCAGUGUUUUUCUUAGGCACCAAGAAUACACAACCAAUAUCGAGUCCUACCAUGCAAAGCUGUUUCAAAGAGUAAGAAAGCUGUGGGGAUGCCUGGAAUCCACCUAUUUACAGUCAUUUGCGUCCAUGGAAGACUCCAUAACAAAAAUAGGCAGCACCGCCUACAAAUCUACAGAUGGAAAAUUUCUCAUCUACAAGAUUUCAGACGAACACUCCCAAGACAUCAGGAGAGAGCUUCCCAGAAUGGGAAGCCACUACAAAGAGGCAUCAUUGAUACUUCCCCACUUCCAACUCUUGAAAAUGAAUUUUGGAGGGGAGGAAACUAUCUAUGCAGUAAGUCCGGCAUACGAGCACCAAGCAACUGAGGGCUGUCCAACAGGCAAUGUCCGCUUCCCCUUACUUACCAAAGAACGCGAGGACAUCCUUCACAAAUUGCAAAGGGACACGACCCAUCUUAUAGCCAGAAACAAAACAGGCUAUAAGCUUCUAGUUGGGGUGGAGAGAAAAGUGGGUAGUCGACCAGGAAUCCAAGUUCGGAUUGUCGACUACCACAGGACAUACACCAGGGAGAGGGGGUUUAGAAGGUUUUUUAGGUUUGGCAGAGCAAAUGUCAAAACACCAGAAGAAUACGCUGCUUGGUUGAUUAAGACUUUAGAUCAGCACAUUGAGGUUAUCGAGGGGGAACUACAUCUAGAAAAGUUCAAAAUCAAAACACUACCCCCAACUACCAGCUUCACUCGCUACAUAAAGAACAUAAAAGCGAGGAUCAAAAGUCUAAUGCUGGUCUCAACCAAGUAA